CCCCCCUCCUCUCGCGGGCGUCAGAAAUAGAAACGUCGAGGCUCGCUUUGGCAGCCAGCGGCCGGGGAGCGGGUGAGGAUCGCGCCGGCUCGGGAAGGCGCCCCUCAGCUGGUGGCAGGGCGCGGCAGCCAGAAGCGCAAGCGGAAGGGAGGGCGGAAGGCUCCUCGCAAGCAGCCGGUCGGUCCCCGAUUUUUCUCUCCCUGUCCUCGCCACAUCCCUCCUUCCGGAUCAGAGGGAGUCGAUCCCUCUUCCCCUGCCUGGAACCCCGAGAGAAGUUCGCCAUCACGACGCACGCGAGCAAGGAGGUGCAUUCACAGGACAGACGAGCGGGACGAGGCGCGCACGAGGAAAGGGGGCGGCUUUGCGUGGCAAGCUGCGCGUUUGGAGACGGCGAACAUGGCGCUGGAUUUCCUCGCAGGCUGCGUAGGAGGUGCUGCCGGUGUGUUGGUAGGACAUCCAUUCGAUACUGUUAAGGUACGCCUUCAAGUUCAAAAUGUGGAAAAGCCCCUCUACCGUGGAACCUUUCACUGUUUUCAGUCCAUCAUAAAGCAAGAAUCGACCUUUGGACUUUAUAAAGGCAUUGGGUCACCUAUGAUGGGACUUACCUUCAUCAAUGCCCUUGUGUUUGGUGUGCAAGGGAACACGCUUCGUGCUCUGGGAAAGGACACGCCGCUAAACCAGUUCCUUGCAGGGUCAGCAGCUGGCGCCAUUCAGUGUAUCAUUUGUUGCCCCAUGGAACUGGCAAAGACACGGAUGCAGCUGCAAGGAACGGGGGAAUACAAGCUCAAGUCGAAGAACUACAAAAACUCUCUGGACUGCUUGGUUAAGAUCUACCGAAAGGAAGGUUUGAAAGGGAUCAACAGAGGGAUGGUGUCCACAUUCCUGAGAGAGACGCCCAGCUUUGGCUUCUACUUUUUGACGUACGACUGCCUAACCAGGUACCUAGGAUGUGACGCAGAGGACGGGUACAUCAUUCCCAAACUGCUUUUGGCGGGAGGCAUGUCUGGAAUUGUCUCCUGGCUGUCAACAUACCCCGUGGACGUGAUCAAGUCCCGUCUUCAGGCAGACGGAGUGGGUGGCGUGGCACGAUACCAGGGCAUUCUGGACUGUGUGAAGAAGAGCUACCAGGAGGAAGGCUUAAGGGUGUUCACGAGAGGGCUGACAUCCACUCUCCUUCGGGCUUUCCCUGUUAACGCUGCUACCUUUGCCACUGUGACUGUGUUCCUCAUGUACAUGAGGUCAGAAGAUAACCAGAUCAGAGGUGAUUUAACUGGCUGUGAGGCUGGCCCAGCGAUCCAGCAACCUUCAAGCUUGUAGGUUCACAUUGGGUGACCGAACGUACCUUUGAAAGCUCUCUUUAAAAAAAGAGUCUGGAUAUCAAAACUGUAAAUUUCUGUCCAUAUAAAGCAUAUUUUAAGGUUAUCAAGGGUUUUACCCUCUUCUAAAAGCAAUUUUCUUUCCCUGUUUAGGUGUCCAUUCUAGUCUAGAAGCCCAGGUAAAACAAGGACUUGCUGGGGAGGUGUGUGUGCUUGUUUGUUUUUUAAGAAACAUGCUCUUUUUAAAAAUACACCUUAACCCUGUUUCCAAAUACGCACAAGGGUUUAGUGCAUGACACUACCACCUCCAAAAGACUCCAGUUUACUAACCUACGUACACUGAGGUUCAAAAGAAGCUCUUUUCAGACUUCAUUCAUAUGAAUAUGAAUAGGGGAGGAGGAUGGGGGUCUGGAGCACACCUACCUGUACAGGUGCUCCAGGUAGGCACCUUUGGGCAGGUGUUACUGUAGCUACAUGUACGCCCAGCAGGUGGAGUGCAGGGCUGCUGUGCAUUGCCACUGCCUCUUCUUCAUGCUGAAGGUCUGAACAGAGCCAUAAUAUUGCAGGAGAUCUGGAUUAUUCCCGGAACUAACUGGUGUUCUUCCACUGGAGGUGUUCAUUUUGCAGGGAAAGCCUUACCCUGUUUCCUUCUCGUUAAACCAGGAAAGUCCAUGGGCCUCUCGAUCUUAACUGGGCAGUGGUUGUAAGGAGCCGUUGCUUGUAGGGAGUCAGGGCCAGCACUUGUGGAUUCCUGGAGGUGCCACAUCUUCCACCCUUUUUUCUGCAGAAUUCCCUCUGCACGUGGCUGCAAUCCUUAGCAGUUGCUGAUGGUUGGGAAUGUGUUUUUCCAAGAACAAUAUGCUGUUCCCUGUCUUAAUGCAAUGGCUGGUGGCUGAUGAAGGGGAACUUCCGGAUUCUCACAGACAAUGACAUGGAUGAUCUGCCACCCCCAUCGUAAAACCCUUCCUGUUCCUUCGGAGAUCAGCUGAAAUCCUUGCAGUAGCUGGGGGAAUGGGGUAGAUUUUCCCAGCAAGAAUGCAAUGUUGUGGGCUGACCCUUUCCUAUUACACAGUAUUUGGGGGUGGCUUAGUCCUGACCCUUAGCUGAACCCUAAGUGAGGCUCAUUAGCCUUUCAAAAGAGCCUCUUCUGGGGUGAUGAUGAAAAGUGGUGGUUUGUCAGUGUGGAUCGAUACACCUCCCUGCACGUUUGAACUCUCAGGGUACCAGCACCAGGGCUGGGUAACAUGCGACCUUCCAGAUGCUAAUGAGCUCCUCUCGUUCCUCACCAUUGGCCAGGCUUGCUGGGACUGAUAGACAUUGGAGUUGAAGUACUGCGGGGGCACAUAUUCCCCCUUAAAUGGUGUUACUUAAGCUGGCAGGAUUUUACUCUCAGUGGUAAUGGACUAGGCAUAGUAACCCCAUGUCCUUCGCCUUCUUGCUGUAAACAUUUCAAUACAGCAUGUAUGAGAAUCCUGCUUUUUAUCUCAAUCAGUUUCCUAGCUCUGCAGAUUUGUGUGUGUUUUUAUUUUUGUUUUGUGGUGCUUGGAAGGCAAGCAUCAGACUCCCACCUGUGCACUUCAAUGCACUUAGGUGAGCAAGGGGUGCUGCUGUUUGCAUUUACCUGUAUAUAUAUAUUUUCUUAAAUGUAUUGCGUGCAGUUGCAUUUUGAAAUGGUUUUAGAACAUGGGAAAUGCCUCCCACGUUCCUCUAGAAAAACUUUACGUCAUACCUUGCUGCAAAGCUUAGAGUCACACAUCCGGAAACCUGUUACAGCUCAAACUGUAGAAUGUCUCGGGGAAUGCAGGAGGGGACAACUAAUCGUUUUUCCAGAUUAGGAUGUAUCGGCACAACGACAAAUUCAUACCUCUCUGGAAUGAGAAGGGGCUAAAGGAUGCAAGUCUGUCUGGAUGGGUUCAGCUGAAGGAUUGCAGAUACAGGCUCCCUAUCAGUAUCAUUUGUUUGGUUACCGUACUGUCUGGAAAACAAGCUCAGCUGGACUUCUGGCAAACUUUCAACCCAUUCCAGUCUUGUUAAACAGAAAUCUGAAAACAUAGGUUGAUCUGGUCCCUUUGAUAUCAAGCAUUCAUUUGAAUCCAAAGAUCGUUAAUUGGACCUAUGCAACAAAGGUAUCAGUUACAAUCCUGCAGGCCCUUACCAGGCCAUACAUCUCAAACAGGGCUGCUUCUGGGUAAUCAUACCUAGUGGUCACACUUAAAAGGCUAAUAGCCAAGAGCUAACUUUUUACAAGAUGUGCUUAUAACCUCUUCACAGGCCUGUCACCUGUUUUGCCUGACCAAAUGCAGGGGGAAAUCUUAACACACUUGUCUGGCCCCCGCCAGGCCUGAAUAGCCCCCAUGCCACCUUGCCAGGUGCUUGCAUAGGAAACAAGACAUGGGGUGCUCGUGCUGGGAAGGCUUGUGUGAUGGGGGCAUGUUAACCAAGGCCAGCAUAAUAUGCUUUGCUGCCUGAGGUGGAACAGCAGCAGAUGGAAGCUGGGAACCAGCAAUCCGUCUUGGCGGGAAAAUCCAACAAGCACCGUCUGCUGCUGGAGCAGUAAGCAUGCCUCCAGGAGGCCAAAACAUGUAAUGUCAGUAUGGCGUUUCCCCACUACACUUUCGGGACUUGUCAUCCCUACUGAAACAGACGGUUUUUACCACUGUGUGCAGCCUUGACUAACAUAGACCCUGCUGAGGAAUAGUAUUCGCCUCAUUUUGUGGCAGGACUUCGACAAACCUAGGCAAGAGGAAAAGGAGAUUUUCUCCCUAGGCUUGGCUUCUCUGCAGUUUGUACUGUGGCUGGACUUCCGUUCUCAAGCCGUGUGCCUUGUCAGCCUAUUAAAAGCAUCGCAUUUGUCUGCACAGAGGGAGGUCAUAGCACAUGUGGCGUUCCCGAGGUGGAAGGCAGCCAUUGGUGGUACAUGCUGCAAAGACAUCACGUGAACCUGUCAGUUGGUGUGAGGAGAGAACAACCUUUAGGCCUGGCCUGAUUAGAAAAAGCUGGGAAGAGGCAGAGUGAUAGAUUUCUGCUGCUUAGCAGGACAGUGCUGAGAACCAGCCUACAAAGCAAUUGUAGGAACACCCUAAAGAAACACAUGUGCCCCCCCCCCCCCAGAUACAAUGACUCCUGUAGAGAUGUUUUCAUGAAUUGUUUUAGGCCGAGACACCCUUUCAAGCACGUCCUGCAAUUUGGAACCUACUCCUUGAUGUAAGCAUCUUCUUGGCGUACUUUUUCUUGCUCUCCCUCUCUUCCUAAGGAUGUGUACUGGUGGUUCCCACUACCUUAUCCAGUCUUUAGGCCCAGGCCUAACCCUGCCAUGGGUGCUAGUGCAUCAGUUGAAGACUUUUAAGAGUUCAGUAAUUUAAAUUAGAAGAAAGAAAAGCACCCAAUUGGGAGUAAGGAACAGAAACUUACAUACAGCAUGUACCACAAACUCAAGCCCAGGGGAUAUGUUACUUAUUAUUUGGGUCAGGUGCAAUAUUGCUGGUUAAUACUUUUUAAAAAUAAAUUCUAGCCAGCUAACAGCAUUUUAAAGAUAGUAGGCUGGAGAAACCUGUAAAACUGAUUUGCUGGUUCUGUAUCAUGCAGCUGCACUGGAUGUUCUGGUAUCUACAUGCAGGGGCAUUUAAAUUGAAUGUGAAAUCUUUCUAAGCUGUUUAUGCACAACAAUACAGAGCAAUGACAGUUAUCCAUUUUUUGUACAGAAUUCUGUAACUAUUGUACAUAAACCCAGAAGAAAUAAAUCUUUUUUUAUGAAAAUCA